AUGAUUGAUGCGGACAGUAACGUCACAAAAUCGUCUCUGGUGGCGAAGCAGGGACAGCAACCACAGAGCACCCAUAAGGGCACCCAGAGAGCCCCCAGAGAGCCCCCAGAGAGCCCCCAGAGAGCCCCCAGAGAGCGCCCAGAGAGCCCCCAGAGAGCGCCCAGAGAGCCCCCAGAGAGCGCCCAGAGAGCCCCCAGAGAGCCCCCAGAGAGCCCCCAGAGAGCCCCCAGAGAGCACCCAGAGAGCCCCCAGAGAGCCCCCAGAGAGCCCCCAGAGAGCACCCAGAGAGCCCCCAGAGAGCCCCCAGAGAGCGCCCAGAGAGCCCCCAGAGAGCCCCCAGAGAGCCCCCAGAGAGCGCCCAGAGAGCCCCCAGAGAGCACCCAGAGAGCCCCCAGAGAGCACCCAGAGAGCACCCAGAGAGCACCCAGAGAGCCCCCAGAGAGCACCCAGAGAGCCCCCAGAGAGCCCCCAGAGAGCCCCCAGAGAGCCCCCAGAGAGCCCCCAGAGAGCGCCCAGAGAGCGCCCAGAGAGCCCCCAGAGAGCGCCCAGAGAGCACCCAGAGAGCCCCCAGAGAACACCCAGAGAGCCCCCAGAGAGCGCCCAGAGAGCCCCCAGAGAGCGCCCAGAGAGCACCCAGAGAGCCCCCAGAGAGCGCCCAGAGAGCGCCCAGAGAGCCCCCAGAGAGCGCCCAGAGAGCGCCCAGAGAGCACCCAGAGAGCCCCCAGAGAACACCCAGAGAGCCCCCAGAGAGUCCCCAGAGAGCCCCCAGAGAGCCCCCAGAGAGCGCCCAGAGAGCCCCCAGAGAGCCCCCAGAGAGCCCCCAGAGAGCGCCCAGAGAGCCCCCAGAGAGCCCCCAGAGAGCCCCCAGAGAGCCCCCAGAGAGCGCCCAGAGAGCGCCCAGAGAACACCCAGAGAGCACCCAGAGAGCGCCCAGAGAGCCCCCAGAGAGCACCCAGAGAACACCCAGAGAGCACCCAGAGAGCCCCCAGAGAGCACCCAGAGAGCACCCAGAGAGCACCCAGAGAGCCCCCAGAGAGCGCCCAGAGAACACCCAGAGAGCCCCCAGAGAGUCCCCAGAGAGCCCCCAGAGAGCACCCAGAGAGCCCCCAGAGAGCACCCAGAGAGCCCCCAGAGAGCACCCAGAGAGCACCCAGAGAGCCCCCAGAGAGCGCCCAGAGAACACCCAGAGAGCACCCAGAGAGCCCCCAGAGAGCACCCAGAGAGCACCCAGAGAGCACCCAGAGAGCCCCCAGAGAGCGCCCAGAGAACACCCCAGAGAGCCCCCAGAGAGUCCCCAGAGAGCCCCCAGAGAGCGCCCAGAGAGCACCCAGAGAGCACCCAGAGAGCACCCAGAGAGCCCCCAGAGAGCACCCAGAGAGCACCCAGAGAGCACCCAGAGAGCACCCAGAGAGCACCCAGAGAGUCCCCAGAGUCCCCAGAGAGCACCCAGAGAGCACCCAGAGAGCACCCAGAGAGCCCCCAGAUAGCCCCCAGAGAGCGCCCAGAGAGCACCCAGAGAGCACCCAGAUAGCCCCCAGAGAGCGCCCAGAGAGCGCCCAGAGAGCACCCAGAGAGCACCCAGAGAGCGCUGGCUGGAGAUGA